UGGAGAAGUUAAUCUCUUAGGCCCUUCUAGCUCUUGCGUUUGAGAACCGCCCACCUCCCCAUUCUCACAUGGUAUCCCCAACCCAGUACAGUUCAAGGCCAUUGGCAGUCCGAGUCUUGGAACUACAAUCCCCACAAUGCCUCGCGCCUCUCCUCUCACGUGAGGUCGUGCGGGAGGGCUGAUAACGGCGGUGUUCUCCACAAUCCUUUGCGGUGGUUCAAGAUGGCGGCGCCCAGUGGAAAUAUGAGCGAUUCGGAAAGCAGCAGCAGCAGCAGUAGCGAUGCGGAGGAGCUGGAGCGGUGCCGCGAGGCGGCAAUGCCGGCCUGGGGUUUGGAGCAACGCCCGCACGGGGCAGUAAAGCCAAGAGCCGGUGCUGCAAAUAACCAGUUGUCAACCUCCCAACCGAGCCUCAGGCAUAAGGUGGAUGAGCAUGAACAAGAUGGCAACGAGCUUCAGACCACCCCUGAAUUCCGAGCCCACGUAGCCAAGAAGCUGGGAGCCCUGCUGGACAGCUUCAUUACCAUCUCAGAAGCAGCAAAGGAGCCAACAAAAGCUAAGGUACAGAAAGUCGCUUCAGAGGAUGAUGGUUUCCGCCUUUUCUUCACGUCUGUCCCUGGAGGCUGUGAGAAGGAAGAGUCUCCCCAACCCCGCCGAAAGCGACAGCCCUCCAGCUCCAGUGAGGACAGUGAUGAGGAGUGGCGGCGGUGCCGGGAGGCAGCUGUGUCGGCGUCCGACAUCCUGCAGGAGUCAGCCAUCCACAGCCCUGGCACGGUGGAGAAGGAGGUAAAGAAGACAGGGAAGCUGAAAAAGAAAGCCAAGAAGGUGGCCGGCGUCGACUCGGCUGUAGCCACCCCCACCCCCACCCCCGCCAGCACGGCCACAGUCCAGAAGCAGAAGUCAGGUGAGCUCAACGGGGACCAGGUGUCGCUUGGGACUCAAAAGAAGAAAAAGAAGAAAAAGGCAAAGAAGGCCAGCGAGGCCUCUCCAUUCCCACCAGCAAAGAGUGCCACAGCUGUGCCUGCAAAUUGAACCCAGCCAUGGGCACAGGGCUCAGCUGGCUCCAAGGACAAGGUGCCCCCCUGGGGACAAGGCAUUUCCAGGCCCCACCUCCCUCUCCAAGUUCAAGGACUGGGCUGGCAAACCCAGACUGCCCAUGAGACCCUGAUGGUGAUGAGGGCUUGCCUGAGAGUUGAGCCAAAAAAGUGGCUGUAGGGUGAGAAGCCCAAGCAAGGCCUGCCCCUCUGUGCUCCCAUGGAGGGCUGGGGGCAGGGGGUGGGGGGGAGGCCUAUGGUUCCAGAACAUUCCAUGGCCUCAGGAAAAAAGGAGCCUUCCAGUUAUUUGAGACUAGUGGCCAAGUGGUGAAACCUCCACCUCCCUAGAACUGUCUGAGGUGGGCAGGGGAAGGGAGACCUUCCCCACCACCUCUUUAGCCUGGUAUGAGAAACAGUUUUUAGAAAAUGAGAGAAGGGAUCCCCAAGAGGCCAAGGCCCAGAGAAAGUUUGGUUCUUCUCUCCUUAGCCCCUAUAGACUUCACGGAAUUGUCUGAAAAAGGAGAGCUUUUCACCCCUGGCUUUCUAGAAUUUUCUUUGUCUGCAUUUGUGAAUAUACCACACAUGAUGGUGUCUCUGAGCCGACCAGAUUAUGGAAACUCAAUUGUCAGAGGACCCAAAACAAAACUUAGAGUGAUUUGGGUAUUGCCUGUCAAUGCUGAACCUUGAGACGUUUUAAAUACAACACAAAUCUCUAUACUCCCAGGAUUUGUGCAUUCACCCCACCCAAGACUUCAGGAAGUGUCAGCACUCGUGGACUAGGUGUCAUGUGACAAAGGCAUUCUGCAAGAAGUAGAAGCUUGUGACCAGGUGCAGUGGCUCACGCCUAUAAUCCCAGCACUUUAGGAGGCCAAGAAGUGUGGAUCAUUUGAGGCCAGGAGUUUGAGACCAGCCUGGCCAACAUGGCGAGACCCUGUCUCUACUAAAAAUACAAAAAUUAGCUGAGCAUGUUGGCACACGCCCGUAAUCCCAGCUACUCAGGAGGCUGAGGCAGGAGAAUCACUUGAACCCAGGAGGUAGAGGUUGCAGUGAGCUGAGAUUGCGCCACUGCACUCCAGCCUAGGCAACAGAGUGAGACUCUAUCUCAACAACAACAAAAAAAAGUAGAAGCUCGUGGCCAGGCACGGUGGCUCAUACCUGUAAUCCCAGCACUUUGGGAGGCCGAGGCAGGUGGAUCACUUGAGCCGAGUUCCAGACCAGCCUGGGCAACAUGGUGAAACCUCGUCUCUAUAAAAAAAAAUAAUAAUAAUACAAAAAUUAGUUGGGCAUGGUAGUGAGCGCCUGUGGUCCCAGCUGCUUGUGAGGCUGAGGUGGGAGGAUCCCUUGAGCCCAGGAGGUCAAGGCUGCAGUGAGCCAUAUAAUGCCACUGCAGUCCAGCCUGGGUGACAGUGAGACCCUGUCUCCAAAACGAAAUUGUUUUUUAAAGUAGAAGCUUGAGGUUAAGAUGAAAUCUGGCUUCGUCAUUCGAGUCUCAGCAGAGCCAGAAAAGCAGAGACGUGGGGUGUGAGAGCGUGGGUGCGGGAGCCCAUCUCCUCUUCGCAGACCCCGGGCCUGCCCCAGCCUCCCUCUGCCUGCCCAAACCCCGUCUGAAUGAUUUGUGGACAAGCAAGAAAUUACCACC